AUGGUCCAUGCGGUAAUGCUCUACUGCUCGCUAAUAUGGUGGAAGAGGGUGGGGGAAUCCCGCACCCUCAGAGCAAAGCUACUGGCUGCGCAGCGAAUAAUUGCGACCAGAGCCGCUAGGGCUUACAGGACUAUCGCUCACGUGGCGGCGACGACCCUCGCUGGGAUACCUCCGGCACACUUGCUGGCCGGGUCGUACGCCGAAGUAUACGAAGGUGUGAGCCUGGUCAGGGAACGGCUGGGGGUAGUUAUCCCAAGCGCAAGGAGGGCACUGAAGCUCCAGACAAGACAGACCUUUCUCCAGCGCUGGAAAGAUUGGGCUCUCCAGCAGGAAUAUGGGAGAAGGGUCGUGGAGGCUGUCCACCCAGUUUGCAAGGAUUUGGUGGAAGGCGGGAGACGGAGAAGACUCGCCUCCAUGCCGUGCAGGUGCUGA